CGCGCAGGAGGCCGCGCCGGGCCCUGGGCGCCGAGCCCGUGCGGGCAGCGGGGCGGGGGCGCCGCCCGGUCCCACCUGCUGUCGCUCCGCCCGCCAGCGUAGCCCUCGGGCCUCCCCCCCCGGGGGAGUAGGGCCCCUCUGGGGCGGCCUUUCCCCCCCUGCCCGCAAAGGAGCAGCGGCCCUUGCGACCUGCCCCGGGCAGAGUGCCAGCUCGCUCCCAGCCUCAGCGGUCAGGAUGUCCGAGAACCAGCCCAACGCCAACAACCACCACCCGGCCAACAACACCGGGGGCGGUGGGGCUGCCGGCGCGAACAACCGGGGCGUCCGCAAUCCCAACCUCAACCAGAACCCCUUGAUCAAUGUGCGCGAUCGCCUCUUCCAUGCCCUCUUCUUCAAGAUGGCAGUGACCUAUGCCCGCCUGUUCCCACCGUCCUUCCGCCGUAUCUUCGAAUUCUUCGUUCUCCUCAAGGCUCUCUUUGUGCUCUUCAUCCUGGCUUACAUUCACAUUGCCUUCUCCCGUUCGCCCAUUAACUGCUUGGAGCAUGUGCGAGAUAAAUGGCCACGUGACGGCAUCUUGCGGGUGGAAAUACAGCGCAAUUCAAGCCGAGCCCCCAUCUUCUUGCAGUUCUGUGAUGUUGAGAAGUUCCCAGGAAUGGUAGUUGAGUCCACAGCUGAAGAAGAGGAGGAAGAAGAGGAGGAAAUGACUGUGGAUAUGUUUGAAAACAGCUCUAUCAAGUUUGAGCUGGAUAUUGAGCCCAAGGUGUUCCUCAAGCCAUCCCGGAUGAGCAGCACCGAGGCACUGACCCACAAUGAAAGCCAAGAGUUCUCGUUUAGUGAAGCAACCACUAAAGGUAUGCAGCCUCUGAGGGAGACUGUGUCCGAGUUUGAGAUGCUAGCCAGAGCAGUGUGGCCACAGGAAGAGUACAUUGUGGAGUACUCUCUGGAGUAUGGCUUUUUGCGUCUGUCCCAGAGUACUCGACAGCGCCUCAGCAUCCCAGUCAUGGUGGUAACUUUAGAUCCCACCAGGGACCAGUGCUUUGGGGACAGAUUCAGUCGCCUAUUGCUGGAUGAGUUCCUGGGUUAUGAUGAUAUCCUUAUGUCAAGUGUCAAAGCUUUAGCUGAAAAUGAAGAAAACAAAGGUUUCCUUCGCAAUGUGGUGUCUGGGGAGCACUAUCGCUUUGUCAGCAUGUGGAUGGCUAGGACUUCAUACCUUGCAGCCUUUGUCAUCAUGGUCAUAUUUACUCUAUCUGUUUCGAUGCUGUUGCGUUACUCGCACCAUCAGAUCUUUGUCUUCAUUGUUGAUCUGUUACAGAUGCUGGAAAUGAACAUGACAAUUGCAUUCCCUGCAGCUCCCCUACUCACUGUCAUUCUGGCUUUAGUAGGUAUGGAGGCCAUUAUGUCAGAGUUCUUCAACGACACUACGACUGCAUUUUACAUCAUCCUUAUUGUAUGGCUGGCUGACCAAUAUGAUGCUAUCUGUUGUCACACGAAUACGAGUAAGAGACACUGGCUCAGGUUUUUCUAUCUGUAUCACUUUGCCUUUUAUGCUUACCACUAUCGAUUCAAUGGACAGUACAGCAGCCUGGCUCUGGUCACCUCAUGGCUGUUCAUCCAGCAUUCAAUGAUCUACUUCUUCCACCACUAUGAGCUGCCAGCUAUUCUCCAGCAGAUCAGAAUCCAAGAGAUGCUGCUGCAGAACCAGCAGGUGGGCCAGGGGACUCAGACAACAUUCCAGGACAACCUCAACAACAACACUACAGCAGCCCCAGUUGACGUGGGGAGCCGACGACCCCACCUGGCCGCUGGACCCUCUGGGGAGAGCAGCAGCCAUGCUGCACUGACUCCCAGUGAGGCCUCCAGUGUUAUUGCUGCUGCCACAGCUGCUUCUGUUGGGAGUGAUCUGAACUGGGUAGCUGAAACAGCCGCCAUCGUUACAGAAGCCUCAUUUCUCUCUGACCUGAGCAAUACCCUCUUGGAGCCAAAUGUGGUGCAUGAAGCCAUGGCUAACGGGAACCCUCAGGAUGCUGCCACUGCCUCCAGUUUGGUAACCCAAAUCAGAGUCAGCAGCGACCAUCCGGAGACUGCUGUGGGCUCCAUCACUGUUGAAGUCACUUCAACGUCUGUGGUUGCUGCAGCAGAUAUUCCCCCUGCUGCAGAGGAGGCACCAGCUACGUUCCUUGUCCCAGUAGAGGGAGGUGGGGCCUCUGUUCCCAGCCCUUCGCUUCCUGAGCAGACUGACGCUGUAGAAGGGUCAGACAGUCAAGCAAAGCCUAUUGGAAAGAACUGCGUUGCAAACAGCAGUGUGGCACAGACCCCACCAGCCUUUGUGCAGAAUCCUGAUCGGGACAAAUGUUUGGGUCAUGCUCUAGGGGACAGGGGGGAGAGUAACCCUUGCCCAGCACCAGCAGAUAGUACAGCUAGCUCCAACUCUUGCUCGGAGCCAGACUUGAGGAGCCUGUCUUGAGUCCCUGUUCUUGGCAAAUCUGGACUGCCAGGAAGGCAUUUGGAUUUUGUUUGUUAUUAUUUCUCACCUCACCAUCAUCCUUAACCCAUGAAUUCCUCUUAGUAGAGGCAGAGUAGCUGGGACAGAGAAAAGGUGCUGCAGUAAACUCCCCUGAGAAAAAUAAAUGUGUGCUUUUGUAUGAGAAA